AUGAGGCUGGAGGAUAGUCCAAGGAAGGAUGACUAUAUGAAAACUCGAAAGGAUCAGAUAGGAAAAAAUUAUUUUUCGGUGCUUUCUUUGCUAUUAUUGUCUAACUCCUCUUGCCUUUCUUUUUUCCAUUCCUUCAACUUCUACUUCUCCACUGUCCCUGUCCAGCUCUUUAGCCACACCAUAAACAAGAAUUGCAUGUUCCUCCUCUGUAAUGGUCUUCUAGUUUUUGUCGCCGCAUUUUCGGGUUUGAUUAGUUCUUCCUCAGAGUAUAAGAAUCGUAGCAGCAUUAAUGAGUCUGCCAAUAACUAUGAAGAUGAUGCACUGCCAUUAGUAUUGGAUCAAUACUCGACGGAGUCAUUGCUAGAGAAUGAAGAUAAAAUGGCCCAAGAAAAAGUAGCUGGUGAAGAAAGAAGAGAAAAUGACGAGUAUAUCACUGGAGAAGUAGGAGAUCUAGAAACACAGCAGUUCAUUGUGGACGAUGAUCAACCAGAAGAAAGUAGAGAAAGUAGGGUCUUGAUUACAACAGUAAAAGAAAAUAGUGAAGUUUUCGUCGAAGAAGAUGAUGAUUAUCAAAGAGAGGUCGUCAAAGAGUUCGAUGACAAGUUUCCUGUCCAAGAAGAAGAAGAAAAUGGGAUGUUGAGCACAGAGGAAUUAAACAAGAAAUUUGAAGAAUUUAUCAGAAAGACGAAAGAAGAAAUAAGGAUUGAAGCUCAACAACAAUUAGUCAUGGUUAAUUAA